UAGUGGAUCAAAGUAUGCCUCCUAUCAAUUCAGCCCAGUACUAAUGACCUUCAUAAAUAGUAACCCAUCAAACAAGGAUAACGUAUCUCAAAGGAAACUAGAUUCAAAUGACAAAACAAUAGCUUUUCUAACCACCAAAGUGAACUGUGAAUCUUUGCAAGAUAUCAAGGCUUUUAUGUUCAUGAGCAUUCUACCUGGAAUGAAUGAAUGCAUUAGUUGAAAUGACAUGAUAAAAAACCAACAAUGAACUAGAAAAACAGUGGAUUGUAAAAGAAUUGAAGUGAAUUUGGAUUCCACCUUCUUUUAACCUUUCUCACUCAAUUGAUACAAAACCCCAAAGCAACCACAAAACCCACCACAAACACUAUAGUAAUUGAAUUAUUC